AUGCUUGAAUUUCUUGGUCAAUUAUUUUAUGGGCCUAAAUCAACUGUAAAUGUAAACCUCGUGGUUACUAUUGACAUAGGUCAACUUAUUUACUACAUAAGCAGAAGUUUAUUUAAAGAUAAAGUGUUAAUUAUGCUUCAAAAUGAGAGAUUUUUGAAGACACAAUUAGUUUUUCUCAGGGAAAUGCACUUUCAGAGCAAUGAAAAGGAAAAAUGUGCUGCGAUUUUAAUUCGUUCUACUUACCAAAAUAUUUAUCGAACUCAAUAUCCGCAUUCAUUUUAG